UUUAUAUUUGAUGAAUUAUUUUCAAGUUCAAGUGAAAGUUCUGAAAGUGAAGAAGAAAUAAUAAAUAUUGUUUAUGACGAUAAUGAAAAUCAUCCGAAAAGAAAGAAAGCAAGAGUUCAAAAUUUUAUUGAAAAUGUAAUUUGUAAAUACAACAAUGAAGAAUUUCGAGAAAAUUUUCGAAUGCGAUAUUCAACCUUUAAUUAUCUCUUACAUUUAUUAAGAAAUGAUUUAGAAGUAGAAAAUUUUUCAGGAAGAAUGCCUAUAUCUGCAGAAAAACAAUUGUUCAUUGCUUUGUAUAUACUGGCAACACCAGAUUCAUACAGAUCUGUAGUUACAAAAUUUGACGUUGGUAAGGCAACAGCUUGGCGAUCAUUACGAAGAGUUGUUAAAGUUCUUUGUAAAUAUAGAAAUUACUUUAUUCGAUGGCCAAAUCAAGAAGAAAUGGAUGAAUGUAGCCAAACAUUACAAAUUCAAUAUGGUUUUCCUAGAGUUAUCGGAGCUCUGGACGGAACACAUAUUUAUAUAUCAGGUCCAACUCAUGAUAGUCAAUCUUAUAUAAAUAGAAAGGGAAGACACUCUAUUCAAUUGCAGAUUGUAUGUAAUCAUAAAUUGCAAUUCUUGCAUUGUUAUGCUGGCCUUCCUGGGUCCGUGCAUGAUAUGAUAGUAUUUAAAUACUCAGGACUACAACAAAGAUGUAAUGAUGAAUAUUUCCCAAAUAUUACUCACAUUAUCGCAGAUUCAGCUUAUGUAUUGCAAAAACACAUUAUGUUACCCUAUAAAGAUAAUGGUCAUUUAACUGCUCAGGAAAUAAAUUACAAUAACGUUCUCUCUAAAACUAGAAUGAUAGUAGAGAGAUCAAUCUGAUUAUUAAAAGGAAGAUGGAGAUGUCUUUUGGAUAAACUACCUAUGCGAAGGACAGAUUUGAUUCCAUACUAUAUAAUAAGUUGUUGCAUCUUACACAACAUCUGCCUACUUCAAGAUGAUAAUUUUGAGUAUCCAGUCAUCAUCAAUGAUAAUGUGGUUGCGGAACCAGAACCAAUGAUUAUAAAUCAAUUAUUCUUUCGGAACACAACCACGGUGUACAGCACGAUAAAGAUCGCUGGUCCUGCAAAAUUGAAAGUGGGCGACGCUGUACGCAAAACUAAUCCCGUGACGUAUCUUCUGGAAGAUUACCGCGGAAAACCAGUUGCAGGAGGAUUCUACGAGUACGAGUUACAUCGUGUCGCUAAUCCCGAAGUAUAUCUAGUUGAAAAGGUGUUGCGUAAGAAAGGAGACAAGGUGUAUGUCAAGUGGCUGGGAUUCGAUGGAUCGCACAAUUCGUGGAUAAAUAAACAAGAUGUCGUUUGA